GGGGGAGGACCAAGCAGAGACAAAGAUGCCAUAGGUCGGGGUAGGGGUGGGAGUUCUGAGGCUAGGGCCCCGCUGUUUCCAUGCAACGCCCCAGGGGAAGCGUCACGAGCUGCCGGAGGCCCCUUUCCCCCUCCCCUGGGGCGCUCGCGUCUUUCCCUCAGUUCAAACGAACCCGGGAGUCUGGAACGAAAAGGGAGGGAGGGAGAAAGAAGCCGAGCCCCUGCCCCUUCCCGACCCUCCCUUCUGUUCGCCUCCAAACCGCCUAGAAACCCGUCCUCCCAUGAUCCCCAGCGACCGCGCGCUACUCUGGGCCCUGUGGCUGUUCCUGGGGGCCCGGGCGGUAAAAGCCAGGGUCCUGGUCCAGAGCCAGCCCGGAGCGGAUUGGGCUGGGGGCAGCGAAGGGGACACCGUCACAGCGGGGAUCCUGACCAAGGGCUGGCCCAGCAUCGCGAAAAGGGAUGAACCUGCUUCGGUGGGGAGGACGCGAAAUCGGGAGGAAGAAGACAAGCCCGCAGCUCCCGCCGCCGCCGCCAAGCUCCCGGCAGCCUCGAUGUCCUCGGUACCUGGGAACCGGGAAGGGCGGGGCCUGAAGAAGGCCCGGGAGUUAGACGGGGAAGAAGAGCAGAAGGAGGACCCAGAAAAUGACGAGGACCCAGCCCAGGAGACUGAGGACCGGGACCAAGAAGUUGCCCAGAUGGAGAAGCAGGGGGAGCAUUCCGAAGACCAAGGGCAGUAUCAGGGCCAAGCGCAGGAAACGGAGCAGGACCAGGAACAGAGCGAAAUCCAGGAUUUAGAGGAGCAAGAGCAACAAGAUGAGAGAGAGGGAGAGGAAGGAGGGCGGGGAGAGCCGCAAGAGCAGUUGCAGGGGCUCGAGGAGCAAAAGCAGGGGGAAAAGGGCCAAAGGCAAGAGGAGAAAGCCGGAGGAUUGAAGCAGAAUCAAAGACCGGACCAAGAGCUGAAGCAGAUUCAGGUUCACGCGGAGGAGAAGCAGCAGCUGAAAAAGCUGGAGCAGCAGCAGGAGCAAGAGCUGGAGCAGCAGCAGCAGCAGGAACUGGAGCAGCAGCAGCAGCAGCAGCAGAAUCAACUGGAGCGCCACCAGGAGCUGGAGCAGCAGCAGCAGCAGCAGGAGCCGGAGCAGCAGCAGGAGCUGGAACAGCAGCAGGAGCCGGAGCAGCAGCAGGAGCCGGAGCAGCAGCAGCAGGAGCUGGAGCAGCAGCAGCAAGAGCUGGAGCAGCAGCAGCAGCUGAAACAGGAGAUGGAAGAGCAGCAGCAGGAGCUGGAGCAGCAACAGGAACUGGAGCAGCAGCAACUGGAACAGCAGCAGCUGGAACAGCAGCAGCAAGAGCUGGAGCAGCAGCAGCAGCAGGAGGAGCUGGAACAGCAGCAGCAAGAGCUGGAGCAGCAGCAGCAGCAGGAGGAGCUGGAACAGCAGCAGCAAGAGCUGGAGCAGCAGCAGGAGCUGGAGCAGCAGCAGGAGCUGGAACAGCAGCAACAACAACAACAACUGGAAUUGGAGCAGCAGCAGCAGCAACAACAACAACUGGAAUUGGAGCAGCAGCAGCAGCAACAGGAACUGGAGCAACAACAGCAGCAACAGGAGCUGGAGCAGCAGCAGCAGCAACAGGAGCUGGAGCAGCAGCUGCAGCAGCAGCAGCAGCAGGAACAGAACCCUGAGAAGCUGGAGCAGCCACAAAUUCAAGAGCAGCUGCGGGAGGACCAGCAGCAGCAACAGAUUCAGAAACUGGCACAGGCAAAGGAGCAGCAGGCCUCUAAGCAGGCAAAGAUGGGUCUGGGCCCUGGGUCCAAGAGUAAGAGCUCAGGAUUCUUCUCCAGCCUGGGUCUCAGGGCGCCUAAGCCAUCACCAAGGAGACAGGAGUUUUCCAACACAAUUCCAGCUCCUCUACAAGGGAAGCACUUGGUGAUGCUGGCUUGGGGACCAUGGCAAUGUCAUUGCCCCACGGGUCUCAUGAGCCGAGUUCGGGGAGGAAAGAUUUUAGAUUUCACUGGGCGUCUUAGAUCUGGAGCCAUGAGCCGCCUGGAGACUCAGCGCCAGCCCUGCACUUAUGCCCUCUGCCACUGUAACCAGGAGAAGAAUGAAUGUCCCUUAGAUCACACCCUUUGCCCUUCCAGUGCCCCUGGUGCCUGCCAGUACCGUGCUGUUUUGGCCCCACUGGGGAGUCCAGAAGACACCGUCAAUGAAACAUUUUGGAAACAAGUCCGGGAAGGGCUGGAAGAAGUCUGGGUAGGCCUCCAAUCCCUGAUGACUAAGGAAAAAAGGACAAAGAGAAACCAGAGGUGAUGGCCACUCCGUGUCCAGCCCCAGAGGAGGAAGGGGUGUCAGCACCCUAGUCUCUUUCCCCUUCCACUCCCACUACUAACUUUCCAGAUCAUAUAGAUAUCUUUUGUAAAGUAGUAAUGGCUGUUUAUAAUAUAAAAACAAAACAAAACUGAACAGAA